AUGGGAGGAACUGAGGGAAACGAUGGUCGAAGUUUAGCAGAUAUUGUCAAUCCACCGCCAAAACGACGUGGAAAGUCGACUACAACUCACUUGAAGAAGGGGAAAAUACGAAACACUACCGAGGGGUCGCAACAUAAAUCAGGUGCAGCUGGUGCUGGAAGUAGCUCAUCAGACCGCGUGCGCGAAGCUCCAAUGCAUGUUGACGAGUCUGUGUCAGGAGUUGGCGGAAAAGGGACGGGAAAACGAGCCCCUGGGAAGAUCCACGAAUCAUCCGUUACUCCCGAUAACAGUAAUAUCCCUUUGAUUAGGAGCGAUUCUUCUCCAAGUUGUUCUCAAGAUGAAAGCAGUCUCAAAUCGGAGCCAUGA